AUGAGUGAAGACUUUCUUGAAAACAAUGAAGGAAAUCCAGACGUCUAUACAGUAGGAGGAGAAGAAGAAGGAAAACUGGUUCACAGGAUUCCACCCCGAAUUCUCAGCUCUCACAUAGGUGACAAAAAUGGUCUUUCUGUGAGUGUGGAUGAAGCAAGAUUUCUGGAAAAACCACCCCUAUCUUACAUAGCCUUAAUUGCAAAGGCAAUUCUUUCUUCCCCUACAAAUAAACUGAAUUUAGCUGCUAUCUACAAAUAUAUUGAAGAUCAUUUUCCUUUCUACAGGAACAAAGGUCGGGGCUGGAGAAACAGUGUAAGGCACAACCUUUCACUAAAUGAUUGUUUCAUCAAGGUGGGAAGAUGUGAGGAUGGCAAAGGAAACUACUGGAGUAUCCACCCAUCAAAUUUAAAUGACUUUGUUCACGGGGACUUCAGGCAACAUCGAAGGUCAAGAAAGCGAGGGCGUCAAAAGGAGCUAGAGCAUUGCCUUGCUGUGAAUUAUUUCAUGCCAUGGGAACACUAUCCUUCCUACCCAGCACCAAACUGGCUUUACCAAACACAUUAUUUUAUGGAUCCUCUGUGGAAAAUGCUGUAUGCUGAUAGACUGCAGUUUGUGCAUGAAUACCAAAAAUGGAAUGUAAACAGUGAUUUAAUCAUGGGGAAGUUUUCACCUCCACUACAGACUGAUAAACCACAGAGCAUUUCUGUGGACUGGUUUUAUGGAUCUCCUGCUACUUCAGUUAUGCAGCAGAAUAUUUUCCUAAAUAUUCAGCAGGCUUUCCCUAAUUCCCUUUUCUUCUCUUCUCAAAAGCAGCAGCAAAGUGAAGCAUUCAGACACAUCUGUAAGUACUAG